GUCUAGAAUUGCAAGCAAACAAGUGGUUCAAAUUAAUGUGAGAGUGAAAACAUGAAUAAAGCAAUUGGAAGCCACAUCCUUCCUCUAAUUCUUAAUUCUCCACUCCUGUUCCAUUUCGAUCCCUCCGAUUAUCCUCGAAGAUUAUGACGAGCGUAACGUUUGGUCACCAGAGUAAUUGGUCGCCCGGGAUUGGGAUUCAAGAGCAUCGAGGUAGAACAAAGAUUUCUAGGGUGGAUUGUUUUCCAUUUCUUCCUUCCACCCACCAUGGGAAUCAUGUUGCUUACUGUCGCCGGAGAACUGGACGGCAACUCAGACCUGUUCUUGCCGGUUCCAUCGACGGUGCCAUGGAUCCCGAUGACCCUGAUCGUCGGAUUAACGACAGUGAGAGUCCUAAAACAGAAAAUGGAGGGAUGAACUUCGAAAUGCUUAGGGAGAACUUGGAGAGAUCGGUUGGGACAGACGAUUCCAGAUUUAGUGGGAUUGAUCUGGCUACUCUUAUCAGAAACAAGUAUGGCAAGUCUUAUGAUGUUCAACUAAUAAAGAAGGAGUUCAUGGGACGGAAUCUUCUUGCUUUAAAUGUCAUGUGGAAAUACAGAGAGCAGAAAUCAUUUCCAUUGUCUGAGGAAGAGUAUCUAUUGCGGCUUGAUGGUGUGGCUAAUACAUUAAAAUGCUGGGGAGCUGUUGCCCACAUCCGAAACAGCUUAGACAAAACUAAAGACAGGCCUCGGAUAGGAAAGGCAGUCAGUAUUUUUAUUGACAUGGACGAGUCUGGUGGUCGUGCCAACGAGUGGAUAUACAAGUAGAUUACUUACACGAACAAAAUUCAAAUGUAUAUUUCUUAUAUAUUUUUUUGUAUAGGUAAAAAUCUAAUAAAUACACAUUUUAUUAAUGGGUUAGUUGCAUAAAUGACAAAAAGAAAAAAAAUAACUUAAAAUAA